UGUAGUCAUAUUUGUACAUUUAUCACAUGACACGUCGCACUCUGAUUUCCACUGUCCAUUGGUUACCUUCGCUUUGUGCAUAUAACUAAUUAAAUUCGCAAUAUAUGUCUAAUUAUGUCUCUAAAACUAAAUGUACCUGUCAGGUCGGAAAAUCCUAGGAACUUUAUUCCGUACACUGUUUCCAGAGGAAUAUUUAAAAGACGGACGAUUCCAGCCAGCGUGUGAUUUUUUCUUUUGUCACAGUUCUCAGUUAAGUUUUUGAACGUUUACCGGUAAUGGCGCGGCGUAUAAAACAAAGGCAAACUAUACUGGUAUGUUUGCGGUUUGUAACACCCGUUUAAGUAAUUCAAACGGACUUGUCGCCGUGAAAUUAUUCCGCGAGCUCCUGCCGUGCGCGUUCCGUUAUGAGUAACGUGUAACUGAACUCACGAAAUUUUCUAAUCAGACAUAAGCAUGAAAUAGGUUAAUUAUUGCGCUUUAGGGUUGAUAAGAGUGAUUAGCGUCGCACCUACUAUGCAAGAUACGUUCAAGCAGACAAUUAAGAAGAAUGUGGUUUAAAGUUGCAGAGCAUUUAUGAUGGAAAGCGACAAAAGACACUAUUGCAAACGAGAAAUUUGGUUUUAACAUGUAGACGUCGUCGUUUUAAGCCUAAGGCUGUAUCAACGAAGUAUAUGUGAAGAUAUUACGAUCUGCUUGCCUAGUUCAGAGCACAAAGAUGAUGUACUCUUCACGGAGAAAACCUGUGCUGUAUUUCAAAGAUGAUAGAAGUUUUCUGUCGAGGAAAUGCACCGUCUGGAAGCUCUUCGGCUUGUGCAUGGUGUUUGUUUUUGGGUCCCUUCUUUGGGUGCAGCUGACUUGUUCAGGAGACAUGAACCAGACUGUUGGAUACAACCACCUCCCUCAUCAGCCCUGUCCCAUAGAGAGACAGUCCUCCUCUGUUGAUGACCCCUCCUGGGGCCCUCACAAAAUGGCCCUCAUCGUGCCGUUCAGAGAGCGCUUUGAAGAGCUGCUUGUAUUUGUCCCUUACAUGCACGCUUUCCUCAACAAAAAGAAAAUACGACAUAAAAUAUUUAUUCUAAACCAAGUGGAUCGCUUUCGGUUCAAUCGUGCCUCUCUUAUUAAUGUUGGCUACAUGGAAAGUGGUAAUGACACGGACUACAUUGCAAUGCAUGAUGUGGACUUGUUGCCCCAAAAUGAGGAUCUGGACUAUGGAUUCCCAGAGGAAGGGCCCUUCCAUGUGGCCUCACCAGAGCUCCAUCCCUUAUAUCAUUAUAAGACGUAUGUGGGAGGGAUCCUGCUGCUUACCAAGAAACAUUAUCAGAUGUGCAAUGGGAUGUCAAACCGCUUCUGGGGAUGGGGAAGAGAAGAUGACGAGUUUUUCAGAAGACUAAAAACGGCUAAACUUGAGCUUUUUAGGCCAACUGGUAUUACUACAGGAACUAAAACAUUUAGACACAUCCAUGAUCCAGCCUGGAGGAAGAGAGACCAGAAGCGGAUCGCUGCACAAAAGCAGGAGCAGUUUAAGGUGGACCCCGAGGGUGGCCUCACUAACCUCCGCUACAAGGUGGAAUCCCGAAAGGAAGUGACCAUCAGUGGAGCUCCAUGUACUGUCAUCAGCACCUAUCUCGAGUGUGACCUCAGCCAGACCCCAUGGUGCCAGUCCAGCUAACAUGCUUGAGCAGGACCUGUAACGCCAGAACGAUACAUAUUCUCCUUCUGUGGUGGCAGGAAAGCUUUCACAGACACUUAGUGCCAGUCACACCGUGAUCGUCUAACCAAUAGGACUUGAAUAUGUGACUGAGGGGAAGGAACUUUCUCUGAGGUUUUAUUUUUAUAGGACAGUGUUGUCGACUUCAUCCAUGAUGAAGCGCUGCCUCAUUUUUGAAUUGAUCUAUGGACCAAUGUCAGGUACUGCACUGAGUUUGCAUCAUCAACUUUGCCAAUAAGAGCAUCCAAAUGUCAGAUUUUGAAUGAGUUUUAUAAUAUUUUAGUUGUAGCAGUGGCCUGUUUCUCUUAGUGCAAUUGUGAGUAUUUGCUCAGCUCUGUCUUGACAAAAUUGUUUCUUUUUGCUUGAAUUCAGAAUCAUGUCUUGAAUAGGACAAUAAUAUUAUAUAUAUAUAUGAAGUGGGUUUUAAGGGUACUUUGUAUUUGCACAUUAUUCAGUAUUUAUAUAAAAACAAAUGUUUCCUAAUUUCAAGUCUUUUUACUUUCCCCCCCCAUGUUUCAGAAUGCAUGGAAUGCUCUUACACUCACAGGAUUAUGUAGAAACUGGAGGCAUGAAGCUAUAUCCAAAAUACGGCUUCCAGUGCAAAGGUUAAUAAAAUGCAGACACCACAUACUUGUUUUUAUUGGCAAUGCCUGAACAUAAACUGUGAAUGAGUACUGUCAAACUAAGAUGCGUUAUUGUGCCUGUGGCAACAAACUGCAACACAACUGCACAGAACAUGUUUGCCAAAAAAUAAAGAAAAUAUGACACUA